AUGGAGGCCUUUGUAAAUCUGAAUUGGUCCAAAAACAACCCGCUACCGGAACGGGUUUUGUACGAACAGUACCUGGUCGAUUUGUGUGACUUUCCGGAUGAUAUCUUCAACCUGCACAUCGAUGAGAUUGAUCCCGAACACGAGGUAAAGAGUAGGACGAUCGAGGAUGCUAGCCGGCCGGUGCCGGAACUGCCAACCGAUCCUCGCACCGGUGAAACGGUGGGACAGCUUACGAUCUACACGACCAAGCCACGGCGGAUGUUCAACCGCUUUCCCUCCGGAUCGGUGCUGAACCGCACCGAACAUCAGCUCUGCCUGGCAACGUUGAAUAAGCUAAACAUGCGGCUCCCCAUGACCGACGCAAAGGACGAGCAGAACUUACGGACUUACCACGAGCUCAUGCAGAAGCUGGCUCCAGAGCGCGUCAUGUUUGAACAGUUUGUGCGCAAUCACUUCAUGACCAAUUUGCUGUGGCGUGUGAAGACGAUAUCGGCACCGUUGAACACGCUGCUGGUCGACAUGUGGCGGUGGAAGGCUAACCGAUGGCUGCAGCAGCUCGGCACCAAGAGUUACCCCAACACCAGCUAUCAACUGAUGACGGCCGUGGCCGCAGUCAGCUACCAAGAGCACGAGAAGGGCGUCAAUUUUGUACCAUUUGAUUCGGAACAGAGUGUGAUCGAGACUGGUGACGUUCGGCGGCUGUUUCCGGAGAACGUGCUUAACUGCAGCACGCUAUUAAGAUCACAUCGUGUACUGGAUACGUUCCGUGAAGAAUGGUGUGCACUGCGGGAUGCUAACCGACAAUCCAAUUCAAGUGCGGCCGUUGAAGCGCUGCUGGAACACCAACCGGAAAUCUCGAUCGUGCUAUCGGCCAGCUCGGUAGCGCUGCUGUUGAAUGAGAAACGAAACAGCGAGGAAGAGUGGACGAUACCGUUUCGUCUUACGAUGGUAGCGGGUCGUAAGGUGCUAAUCGUAGACAGUAAGCUUCCACCGGUGAAGCUGUCGACACCGGCUCGUAACGCCAAGGGCCACCGUCUGCUGGUAAAGAGCUUUACGACCUUUGUACAGACGGGCCAGCCCGGUACAUCGGUCGUUAGUGAGGGCGAGCAAAAGGACACUCCAACCAAUGCAUCCACCAAUCAACCAUCCGAACAGCAGUACAAAGCUGUUCGGUUCGAUGAGUAUAUGCAAAAGGUCGACGAAUCGACGAGACGUGCGCUUGACAAACGGCAACAUGAAAACCGCUUCUAUCAGCUUUGGAAGCUAACGGACGAACAAUCGGACGAGGAGCAGGGUGUGCUGAUUGACUUUCGGCAAGAUUUCUACCAGACGCUUCGCAAAACCCGCCUCUUUAUGAACCUCUCGGUGAAGCUCGAACAUCAGCCGGAGUUUGGUGCGGAACAGAUGACCAAGGCGGAACUGCUACACGAAUGGGCCCGCCAGUUGCUGCGCCCAAACUCAAAGACCUUGCGGAUACGCCUCGAUCCCGUAACGCAUCGGAAAAUUUCGAGCCACUAUCUCGAGCUGCGUGAUAUCGAGGAGGAACUGUUGCGUCUGUACGCGGUUAGACCCCGGCAUCUCAUCACCAGCAUGUGGGGAACCUUGCGGCGAAUGCAAGUAUUCCCCGUUGGCUCGUAUCUGCUGCAUCGCGAUGAACGCACGGUACAGGGAUGGUCCGUGUACAGCGAAGUAGGCCGCGAGCGUGAGCAACAGUUAAAUCCAAAUGCGGUCGUAUACGAUCUGAGGACACGGUUGCACGCGAUCGAGUACGAUCUACCACCGUUGGAACAGUACGACUGGAUACCGAUCGACAAGUGCUUCAUAACGCAACUGCAUCGCGAAAGUGCGGUCAUGCCGUGCAGCUUCCCUCACUGGACGCCCGUCCGGCAGUUGAAUACGCGCGAGAAACUCAAAGCCAAAAAGAAGCCUACUACUGACGAUCAGCAGAAUGCGAUGCAACAGCAAGCAAAGAAGGGUAAAAUGCAAACGAAAAACGUUAAGCGAAAGGAAAAGAGGAAACUGCUCCAGCAAGAAAAGGCGAAAAAGGAAAAGUUACUGCACACGCUUAGCCAGUACGCCCCGUACGAAGGUCCAUCCAGAUCGACCACCGGUGCUCGCGGUGUCGCUAAGAAAACUGGUACCGUGGCAGCCCCUAGCACGAGUUUAGGUGCGCCAACUUCACUGAAGGAUGCCGCAAUGGCACAACAGCCCGUAGACUACAACAGCUACCAGUUGUACGCCGGGAUGUCAAGCAACAAUGAAUAAACGUUGG